GGACACACGGUAACCCCCGGAGCGCUGCGGCUUAAACACGAGGGGACGGACGAGCUCAAGCCGCGGGAUGGGCCCGAAGCUCCUGGAAGGGCUGAAGAAAGCAUCACCAGGAGAAGACCUCCUCACCGGUGCCCAGCAUGCCCGCCCGCUCCGCCACCGCGCUCGCUUACCCUGAGCUCUACCCCAACCCCAUCAAGAGCAAGGUUUUGAAGACCGAGAAGGAGAGAGCAUCACCCACCUUCUCCUUGGGUGGGUGCAGCGACCCGGCCCUCUUGGGCAGCCAGGCACAGCCAACGGCAAGCGGAGGCAGCGGGGCUCAAGCGCAGGAACUGCGGCUCCCCAAGCGCAGACCUCUCCCAGGGAAGCACUACCAGUGCUCAAGCUACGGCUGCAAGCUGGCCUUCCACAGCAUGCAGGAGCUGAUGGACCACUUGAAAGUGCACUACCGACCCACGCAGUCACUGGAGGGGAAAACCUUCCGCUGUCCGACUCCGGGCUGCACGGAGACCUUCCCCAGCAUGCAGGACCUCAUGACCCACAUGAAGGUGCACUACAAGCCAAACCGCUACUUCAAGUGUGAGAACUGCAUGCUGCGCUUCCGAACGCACCGCUCCCUCUUCAAGCACCUGCACGUCUGCUCCGACAGCUCCAGCACUUCGUCUCCGGCUCCAAAAGCCGAGAAGCCCAUCCUACCUGCUACCUCUGGCCUGGAGAAGGACCCCCUGGCCAAGCCGCUGGAGGGGCUGCCCAAGCUCCAGGGUGUCAUCCGGCACAUGGAGAAAGAAGCCAUUCUCCCUAGCAUGGACACGGUCUCUGCCACGGCGCCAGCCUCCCUCCCCGCCAGCCUCUCUGGUCUGCAUGGCUCCCUGGAGUCCAUGCCCCUGGUCUCCCCGACCUCCCACCCCUUCCCUCUGCUGGAGCCCUCACUCUUCGGGGCACCCUCCUUGACUCGGUUCUCAGGCCCGCCCCAUUCCUCGGUGCCGGGGCCUUUCCUGUCCUAUAUGCCCCCCUCGCCCUACAGCUUACCUCAGGCUUCAGUCCAGCAUCGUCUCAGGCCAUAUCUGCCCAGCCAAGGUCUUCCCGUCUCCAAUGCCGUGUGGAAGAAGAGUCAAGUUCCCUUCGCAGAUGUGAGUGUCAGCCCCCUCCUCCCAGGCUUCGGCUGGGGAGUGACUCCAGAGGUAGCACCCAGACACCAGGCCCCAGCAGGAGGCAGCCCCUUGCCCAAGGAGCCUCAGUCUUACUUUGGUUCUCACUUGGGCUGUUAUGGCACCCUGGGGUACCAUGAGAUGCUUUCGGGGAUGCCACACUUGCUCUUCCCCACCUGGGCCCUCUUGCAAGGAGGCCACUCCUCCAACAGCCGCAUCGUGUGGGAGCACACGCGAGGGCGCUACACCUGCAUGCAGUGCCCCUACUCCACCGCCUCACGGGAGGAGAUGACGCUGCAUAUCGAGGACCACCGCAAGAACCCACCCCCGCCCAGCCGGCUGGAUGGCGAGAUGGAUUUCGGGGUGGGCCUUGCCUCCUUCCACUCAAAGCUCACGCCGGAGAUGGAGAACUCCCUGUACUCACAGCUCUGAUCCUUCUGCUCCUGCUUAGUCAAGUGAUUUUUUUUUUUC